UGGUCAAACCUUGCAGUUUUAUUAACUUCAGAAGGAGGACAUUUCUAGACAGUAACGUUUCCGGACAAUGAGAACAACAGGAACACCAACACCAAAACCAGAUGGAUUCAUAUUUCUGUACAGUUGCGUUUAUUACAAUUGGAAUUACAAACAAACUCAUGGUGUGAAAAAAAACAAAACAAACAAAACGAAAUGCGCUUUUGAAUUUGGCACAGUUCAGUGCGUCUGUUAGGUAGAAGUGUUAAAAAAAACAUCCGCAAAUCGUAAAUAACAAACACGACCACCUUGAAUUAUUAAAAAAAAAAAAAAAAAAAAAGUAUAAUCGCAUUUAAUUAUAUAUGUUUGCAUUAGAGGAAAGAACACCGGUAGUUCUCUUAAAAUCGUAUUAAAAAAAGUUUUUUUUUUUUUUAAUUAUUUUUUUUUUUUGUUUUUUUUUUCAAGCCCGAACAAAAAAUAAAAAGCUUGCAAAAUAAAGUUAAAUACAUUUGAAAUAUUUGCGAGUUCCAGGGUUGGUUUAUGUAUUAAUUUCUAGCCUCGAAAGAUGGAUUGAAACAGGAGUGCUAGCAUGACAGCUGAAUUGUAUGUGUUGUAGUGCAAAUAUUAUGAUUAUUGUUAUGAUUAUUUUUAUUAUCAGCUUAGCUGCCGGCUCCCGGCUGUUGUUACGCGGCAAAGCGAGACAUUUUUCGGUUUACACAACAAACUGAAAAUAACAGCUCAGCACGUUUUGGACUUUUGACACCUAAUAACACUUUUAAAACAACAUGCAUAAUGCCUACGGCAUCGCUGAUCCGCAGAGCAGAAGAGACUGAGUGAAGUGUGUACAGGUGGAAAACUGAACGAAGGUGGGAUAGGACCAGCAACAAGAUUAAUAAUAUGAACAGUAACGCCAUGGAGAACCAAGCCCCCGAACAGUUUCACGACGACGUGAGGAAAUGGGGUUACCUCCGAAAGCAGAAAUCCAUGCACAAGCGCUACUUUGUGCUCAGGGGGCCCUCGGAGAGGGGUCCGGCCCGGCUGGAAUAUUACGAAAACGAGAAAAAAUUCCGGGCCAAGGCUCCCGUCCCUAAAAAAGCCCUCAACUUGGAGACUUGUUUUAAUAUCAACAAGCGGGCCGACUCGAAGAACAAGCACCUGAUCGUGGUGUACACGCGGGAGGAGAGCUUCUGCAUCGCGGCAGACAGCGAGGAGGAGCAGGAGGGGUGGUACGAGGCCAUGGUGAAACUUCAGUGCCAGCGUAAGGCCCAGGUGGAGAGCCCGGAGUACAGACUGGUCGUGGAGGCUCCUGGUCCCGCUUUCAAAGAGGUCUGGCAGGUCAAAGUGUGGCCGAAAGGCCUGGGCCAGUCCAAGAACCUGGUGGGGAUCUACCGGCUGUGCCUGACCGAGAAGACGGUCAACUUCGUCAAGCUGAACUCGGACGCGGCCGCCGUGGUCCUGCAGCUCCUGAACGUGCGCAGGUGCGGGCACUCGGAGAACUUCUUCUUCGUGGAAGUGGGGCGCUCCGCUGUGACGGGCCCCGGGGAGUUCUGGAUGCAGGUGGAAGACUCGGUGGUCGCCCAGAACAUGCACGAAACCCUCCUGGAAGCCAUGAAGUCCUUGAGCGAGGAGUUCCGACAGAGAAGCAAGAGCCAGUCCUCCUCGAGCUCGUCCAACCCCAUCACCGUCCCCUCGAGGAGGCACCACCCCAACCCUCCCCCGAGCCAGGUGGGCUUCCCCCGCCGCUCCCGCACCGACACCUCCAGCACCAGCAGCAACCCCUCCCCUACCCCGGCCCCCAAGAACGGCCACGCCGGCCCCCAAACCGAGGGAGCCAGCCCCACUGCCCCGGCUGUGAGAUCGGUCCGUCCCUCUGUGAAGACCCCUCCAAGCCUGGCGAAAUCCACCCCUUCCCCAGCCCCCAGCUCCGCUAGCCUGUCCUCGAGUAGCGGACUUGGCUCUGAAUGUGCCUACGUCCGGAGUCUCUGUGCUGGGGGUGCGUCUGCGGCAGGGUUCCCCGGCGAUUUCGGAUCCUCUGACGAGUACGACUCUAGCCCCGGGGAGCACUCGCAAGACCGCAGUUUGACCUCCGACAUCCUGGGCGGUUAUCUCCCGCUAGGAGAGGCCAAUUACAUUGCCAUGGGGCGGCAGGAUGGGCGGAAUAGUGGCGCCGCCAAUGCGCUGCCGUCUCCACCGGCUCGGAGGGUGUUACGCCGGUCCUCCAGCCGGGAGAGCGAGGCCGAGCGGAGGCUGCUAAGCAAACGGGCCUCCCUGCCUCCCAUGUCCCUGGAGAAGCUGACCCCGGGCCUGCCUAGGAGGAGGGUCCCUCAGGACUUGGGAGCGGCAGGGGAGGAGGGAGAGGAGGACUAUGCGGUGAUGUCCCGCGGUGCCAGUCAGCCGUCCUUCGCUCUGCGCGGCGCGGGGGGGAGCUACCUGGACCUGCCUGGGAGCAAAUCUCAAGCCAGUGACUCCCAGCCGACGAGGGACAACGGCUACAUGCCCAUGCUGCCCGGCGUGGCCAACGGUGGCCAAGACGAGAGAGCAGCUGGAAAAGCCGUCAAGCUGGCCGACUACAUGGCCAUGACCCCCAACAACAGCGUCUCCCCUCCCCAUCAGAUCAACCCCCGGCCUUCCGAUGGGUACAUGAUGAUGUCCCCCAAUGGAAGCUGCUCCCCAGACCAGAAAGGGGGUAUCUGGGGUGGGCACUCGCUCGCUGGGGCUGGAGGGAGCAGCGUGGACAGCAAAGCCGGGAGCGACUACAUGAACAUGUCCCCCGUAAGCGGACGAUCCUCCUGCAGCACGCCCCCCGACGUUCUGCUCGCCGACCCCCCGAAGAUGGUCUUCUCCUACUACUCCCUCCCGCGUUCGUACAAGCACGCCGCCCCCGCGCGAUUCGAAGGAGGCACGCAGACCCCCACCACCACCACCACCACCACCACCAACAACAGCAACAACCCAGGCAGGUCUUGCAUCCUCUCCACCUUCUCCUCCUUCUCCAGCUCCGCCAGCAGCGACAGCCUGGGAGAGACGGAGGAGCGUCCCGUGAGGUCUUCCACUGGCGCCACGGGGAAAGAGGACAGCAGCGGGCAGAGGAAAGGCGGGCAGCGUUGCCGUCCCGCCAGCUUGUUCAUUGACGUGUCCAAAGCCAGCACUCUCCCUCGGGUCCGGGAGAACCCCCUCCCUCCAGAACCCAAGAGCCCAGGGGAGUACGUCAGCAUUGAGUUUCGCGGAGGUGCCAGCGGAGACUUGGGACCUUCAGUCAGGCUUCUGCGAAGACCUCCCUCGUGCCUAGCCGGCUACCACAACCAGCUUCAGCAAGACCCGCUGGGAUCGGAGUACGUCAGCAUGGACCUGGGCCCCCCGUUAGCCUUCCCGGGCUGCCCCGUGGUCCAGGAAAGGAGGCCGGUUCUGUUGAAGCCCAGCCCCCAAGCUGGUCUGGCCAGCGAACCCUGUCUGAGAGCCUUGCGACCGGAGUCGCCCACUUUCGGAGACUACACAGAAAUGGCUUUCAGCGCGGGCUCCCUCACUCCCAGAUCUGCCUCCCCCAAAGAGGAGCCGGCUGGGGACCAGGCCAACCUGGGGCAGGUCUUCCCCCUGCCCAAGUUGAGCCCCAGUCCGGAUCAGGGGGCGAAGGUAAUCUGGGCGGACUUGCGCCGGAGACACUGUUCUGAAACCUUUCUCCAGCAGCUCAACCCGCCGCCCCUGGUCUUUGCCGAUCACCCGCAGGUUGCCAAGUGCUUGGGUUUCGAGAGCGUCUGGGGAAAAGGGGACGCUGGCAGCGAGCCCAACUCCCAGUCCUGCCUGCUUCUCUACCCCUCUGCUGCAGCUCCUCCACCUCCACCUCCCGCCAGUGUCUCCAUGGAGCAAGGCCUGAACUACAUCGACCUGGAUCUGGCCAGUAAGGAGCUGGCCCACCCGGUUCUCGAAGGAGCAGCGUCCGGCCAGCCUACCCCUCCUCGGCUCUACUCCUCUCCCCUGUCUAACAGAGGGGCCCCUGCCUUGGCUGUCAACACCUACGCCAGCAUCGACUUCCACAAGUCGGAGGAGCUGCGGUCGAACCAGAGCAGCGGCAAGGAUGGCACAGAAUGUUGACAGUCUCUGAGAAUUCUGGGAUACCGCAGGAUUUGAGGAGCAGCCUUCACUUCAGCCCCGCCUCCUCAUCUGCAGCGACCAAUAGCAUGGCGAGGGGCUGCAGGCUUUAACAUCAUUGGAUGCCCAUUUGAGGUCCUGGUCACCCAAUCAGCAGUGUCUCUUACUUUUUUAAAAUCUGUUUCUUUUGGUUAAUUUAGCGGAGUGGAAAACUGCUCAACCAAUAGGAAGAUCCUUCAGAACGCCUGACAAGGACUCUCGGCCAAUCGGAACAGCGGUGUAAAAGUCUUGCUGUAAAGGAGAGCCAAUCAGAUUGGAGGGGAGGGGGAGUGGGAACUUUUUUUAGUUUUUUUUAAUUCUUUUGCCAGAAAAAAACCCAAAAAACUAAACAAUUAAUCAAAGAUGAUCGAAGUACUGGAGCUAAAUUCUCAAACUUAAUUCUCAAAGUGCCUCUUACUUUUACAGACUUUUUUUUUUUUGUAGUUUGAGAAAAUGGUCCUUAUUUAAUUUUUUUUCUCAAAUUUUAUAUAUAAAUAAAACUUUGGACAUUUCUUUGCAAAGAAAUAUCCGCCUUAAGUAUUUAAAAACUAAAAACAUUUAUCCAAACUGAAGAAGAAAAGCCUUUAUUUACUGUGUGUUGUGCCUCAAGCCAAGUCUCUGGGUUCUAGAACAUUCUAAGACUUUCCAGAAGGUUCCAGACUGUUCCCUCCUCGCAGACACAUUGGCUCAGAUUCGUUUGGCUGGUCGCUGAUCCAGGAUCCUCCUGCACCCUCUUGGAGAACACUGGGAAGCAAUCUGACCGCUGUAGCGUGCUUUGGAAAAGCCACAGUUAUCAGAUGUAAAAUAUUUGUCAAUCUUACCCCUGCCAUGCCAGGUGCAGGUCUGCCUUUCUGAUAGUCGGUACAGUGGCUCGGAUAAGCGAUCGAGCUCUGGGGUCGAGAAGAUGGAGAACAGCUCUGGCCAAAAGUUUUGCAUCACCUAGAAUUUUAGG